UUGACAGAUGCUGAGAAAAUGUUGAUAAACAAAAGACAUGAUAGAGAACAGCUAUAUCUGUCUAAAGAUGGAUUUUUUACUUCUUUAUCCGUGACAUUUAUGCAAUUCUAACGGUUGCAAUGAAUAUUCUUAAGGGAUUUUGGACUGUUACUGGAUUUCUGUGGUUAAUUGGUUCGGUGGCUUCUGUAUCAUUUUAUGGCGAGAGUUACAUGCAUAUCCCUCUUGACGAUGCAUUCCGUGAGACAGAUCUUGAGCUGCGAUUUAAAGCCUCCAGACCGUAUGGAGUACUUCUCCUGCUGACAGGUGGCGCCGACUACUUCCUCUUACAACUGCAUGCUGGGACACUUCAAUUAAAGAUUAAUUAUGGAAGUGAAGACACCAUCCUUGACCUUGGCCGCCAUAGAUAUGAUGACCUUGAAUGGCAUGAGGUCAAGGUCACAAGAUCAGAUGAUGUCAUCUCCAUGGUGAUAGAUGGAACAACAACAACUAGGCGGAGAAUACAAGGAAGUCAUAGAGAACUAAAUAUCGAUUCUGGCAUAUUUCUAGGUGGAAUAGACCCUCUCACAAAUAAUAAAUUUGAUGAAGAAUUGAAACACUUCAGAGGAACUUUCAGCAAAGUAAAAUUAAAUGGUAUAGAUCUGAUUUCAAAAGCAAGGGAGCUAAGAGAUCCAAAUUAUGUAGUAGACGUGUCGUUUGAUAUUGAUAGUCUAUUCGAUGCUCCAAGAGACAGUCCUACUUCGUUGAAAUCGGAAACAUCUUUUAUAUCUUUCUCUCAUUUACAUCCAACAAAUGAUAGGACAGUUUCAUUUCUUUUUCAAACAGAGUCAACGUCAGCAUUGUUAGUAUUCAGUUUUAAUCGACAUUCCACGCACAAAAGUUUUAUAGCUUUAGAACUUGUAAAUGGUAAACUGCAACUAACAGUUUGUAAAGGGAAGGAGACGAUGUCUGUAAUUUCCGACAUGUUAAUUGACAAUAAUUGGCAUCAAGUGGAUUUAAGUGUAACUUCAUAUAUGAUAGAACUGUCAGUGGAUGGUGUUCACAAAUCGCAGGCAUUUGGUGAUAAAAGCGGUGCUAUUUAUGGAGGAUUAAUCUUUAUAGGGGGAGUUAAUCAUGUUGGACGUGCCAUAGUAAUUAACGAGCGACUCGAAUCUCUUAAAGGAGAAAAUUCGCUGAAAGGCGGAAUGAUUGGAUGCAUUAGAAACAUUGUGAUAAAUUCACGAGUGUAUAAUAUACAUGAUAUACAUGCAAGUAGGUUAAUUGGGGCUGAAUGUGAUAAAGCAGAGAUUUGUGUGUCCGGUGAUUGCGCGAUUGGUGAAAUGACGCCUCAUUCUGAUUCAAGUCGUGAUGAAUUCCAGCUUCUUUCGGUAAAUCCGGUGAUUGUUGAUGAAGGAAUGUCGGUUGUAAUUACAAGUGAUAAUAUAGAAAUUGUUUACGACUUCAAAAAAUUUAAAAUUCGUGAAUCUGGUAUAAUGAUAUAUGUUGUUAAAAAGCCAAAACAUGGAGAAAUAGAAGUUGACUUAGGCCAGCGAAGGAACAAUGACGUAUUUACUUAUCUUGAUUUGUUACGUCACAAAGUGAGAUAUAUUCACCUCGGAUCAGAGCAUGUAUAUGACGAGGUUUCUAUGGGACUGGAAAUAUUCACCAGUAGUAGGUCUGAUGAAGAUGGUAUACCAGAACGGUUGCAGCAGAGAUAUGCAUUCAUUUUACCGAUAAACAUCAAGCCUACCAAUGAUCCACCAAAAAUAGUUUUAGCCAGUGGAGGAGUUUUGAAAAUUAUUGAAAAUACAAAAAUUAAAAUAACAGAUGAAAUGUUUUAUGCUGCAGAUCCGGAUAGUCCUGCUAAUGAACUGACAUACUUAGUAACAGAUGCCCCAAGACAAGGCUAUUUUGAAAGAUCCGGACAAAGUGGGGUACCAGCUACAGAAUUUACACAAGCGGAGAUAAAUGAUAGACAAAUCUGGUUCCUUCACCUGGGAUCUGGAGAUUCGUUUGUAAGUUUGAAGUUAACGGAUGGAAAGGCAUCCAGUGAUCCGGUCCAACUUACCAUACAUACAGUUCAGCUCCAGUUGACUGUCCAGAGAAACAAGGGCUUGGUUCUUCCCCAGGGAUCUUUUGCUGUCAUAUCGAGUGCAAAUUUGACCACUGUCAGCAAUGUUCCGACACAGGAGUUAGAAAUAAGGUACGAUAUUUUACGUCCUCCACGUUAUGGUGUUCUAGAGAGGCAGCAGUAUGCUAAUGGAGAAUGGAAGGAAGUUAGCACAUUUGCACAGCGGCACAUUGAUAGUGGACAUGUUCGAUACAGACAUACGUUUACUACAGAACCUUCGUCUUCCGAUCAGUUCAGUUUUACUGUGAAAGCAAAAAGUUACACCACACCGUACUACUUCUUCAGAAUUCAGUUUGAACAAGUUUACAUUGAAGUCCAAGCAAAUAACGAACUACAACUAUUACAUAAAACAUUUAGAGUGUUAUCAGCCGACAAUUUAAGGGCAGUCACAAAUAAUCCCCAUUUGAAUGAUGCAAAGAUAAUAUUUACGAUCAUUAGGGCACCGAUUCAUGGCGACUUUUUUAAAAUGGAUUCUAGACUCAGAGGACAUAUAGAUUUUGCAGAAGCAAAACAACUUAAAAGAGAGGAAACAUUUUCACAGUAUGAUAUAAAUACAGGAAAUUUAUAUUACAAAUUAAAAAGCAACUCUUUUGAAAAAGUUUCAGACUUUACCGAUCUUAGGGUGCAGACAGUUGGCACUUCGCCAAAAAAUGUUCGCUUAUGGAUUGAAUAUAUUCCAAUGAAAAGUGAUGUACGAUUUACUAAUAAUGGUUUAACUGAGGUCAUUGAAGGUGGUCAGAAAGCUAUAGACAGACACUGUUUAUUCAUUCAAACGAAUGAAUUUCGGGACUUUGAAUUUGCUGUUAUAACACCACCUCAGCAUGGAACUCUUCAGUUAGUUGAUCCAAGAUCAUCAGCAGUAAUUUUGAAGGAUAUCAAGGAGUUUACAAGCAGUGAUAUAAAAGAUCUCAGACUGGUUUACAAACAUGAUGAUUCUGAGCAUGCUGAAGACUCUUUCAUAUUUACUGCUGUACCAGAUAUACAGAGAACCAGUCUGACUCAGAAUAUCCCAGAAUUCACUGGUACUUUUGAAAUUAAAAUGUUAAUGAGAAAUGAUAACCCACCGAAAAGACUUGUUGAUAAAGUGUUUAAAGUUGUUAAAAACAGUGAAAAACUAAUAACUAUUGAUGAUUUGGCAUAUACUGAUCCCGAUAUUGACUAUGAUACCAAAGAACUUCAGUAUUCUCGUAGAGGUAUUCCAAACGGAGAAAUUAUACAUGCCAAAACUAAAACUCGUAUCGACCAGUUCAAACAAAAAGAUAUAAUAAACAAAGAAAUAAUGUUUAGACAUGAAGGUUCGGAAAAUGACCGUGCAGCUAUUUAUGUUACCGAUGGGCAGUUUAAUGUAGUUUGUUUGUUCGAAAUCCAGGCUGGUGAUCCAUUUGUCGAAAUUGUAAAAAAUGCUGGAGUAGUUGUGAGAAGUAACAGUAAAGUUAUCAUAUCAUCCACGAAUCUUAGUAUAGAAACAAACAUUAACAUUGAAGAUAGGUAUAUCAGAUUUGUUCUUACAGGAGAACCAAGUCACGGACAUUUAGAAAUCGACGGUGGCAAAGUGAAUGAGUUCAGUCUUGAAAAUUUGAAGGGAAGUAAAUUGUUUUAUAAACAUGACGGUGGUUCAGAUGUUGAGGACAGUUUCAAGUUCACUGUUAUAACAGGGAAAGCGGAAACACAUGGAAGAUUUUCUAUUCAAAUUGAGCUGGAAUCAGUACAGUUGCCACCACGGGUCAUUAAUAAUGGAGCGCUAGAGGUUCUCAAUAUCUUAGAAAAGAAUGUCAUAGAAGAAAAACAUCUGUUGAUUAAACAUCCGGAUGUCACUCCAGAAAAUAUUGAAUAUCUAAUUUUAGUUAUGCCAAAACAAGGUCGCUUGUUUCGGGGCAGUACACUUCUUACUGUGGACGGAGAGACGACUUUCACACAGCUUGAUAUAAAUAAUCAUCGGGUGAAAUAUGAACUAGAGAACACUAGUGCUACAACUGAUCAUUUCAUAUUUGAGGUUUCCAACGGUUACGAAGCAUUGCGAGGACUUGAAUUUCUGAUAAAAAUUGAACCAUAUACUUUACCCUUUGAAGUCAAGAACUUUACUGUAAUUGAAGGCGGAAAGAAAGAAUUGACCUCAGAUUUACUGACUGUAGAGGACAAAUUUUCUGAUCAGCCAGUUGUAGAGUUCACAAUACAUGAGCCUCCAAAACAUGGAAAAAUUGCUAAUGGUCGUGGAGAAGAAAUAGAUGUUUUUACAUCUGAAGAUAUAAAUCAAAGGAACGUUUAUUAUAUACAUGAUGAUAGCGAAAGUAAAUCAGACGCAGUGUCUCUGAGCGCUACUUUGGGUGAUGGCUCGAAGGAGAGCGAGGUGAAGACAAUGUUUGUCACAAUCGAAGGAAUCAAUGAUGAGGCUCCAGUUAUAGUGAAGAACAAAGGACUGACAGUAUGGAAGAGUUCAAUGACCCAGAUCACCCCUGACAGUCUGUGUGCACGUGAUCCUGACACCCCUGCUAAAGAUUUGAUUUAUGUUAUUUCUGCACCAACCAAUGGUCAUAUCUCCCACCUUAACAACACAUUCAAGGCAAUAGGUAGCUUCAGACAGUCCUGGAUUGAUGAUGGUCAGAUUGUCUUUGUUCAUGAAGGUGGCAACACUGGUGAGUUUUCCUUUCAAGUGAGUGAUGGCGGCCACAAUAAAAGUCCUUUGAGUGUGUUUCAUGUGGAAGCUAGACAGUUAGUCCUUGAACUCCAAACUAACACCCUGCUGAAUGCAUAUCCAAACACAGUUCAGCCAAUCACAAUGAAGCAUUUAUUCACAUCGACCAAUGAUGUGCAGCAGACUAAGCCAAUCAUAUACACUCUAACAUCCAGGCCUAGGCAUGGAUCUGUGGUUACUAUGGUAGAUGGAAGAGCAAUGGAAGUGAAUUCAUUUAAUCAAGGGGAGAUAAAUAAUUCACAAAUAUUCUACAAGCACUCUGACAGACUGAAUGGCUGGAUACAAAAUGACAGCUUUGAAUUUAAAGUAAAUACUUUAUAUGCAGAGCCACUGGCAUCAGAAAUAUUCAAAAUCAUGGUAUCAUAUGGGAAUCUAAAUGCAGAAAACAAGAAUCAACUGAUAAGGACGUCACCAAUCCGGGUCGAUGAAGGCGGGGAAAUGAUUGUUGCUAAAAAUAAUUUAGAUGUCACAGAAUUUGUACGAAAUCUCGAGAGACUUGACAAACGUGUGAGAUUAAAAUUCAGCUUGAAAGAUGCUCCUCUACAUGGAAAGUUGUUAUAUCGUGGCUCAGAGCUAGAGAAUGGGGUUCAGUUCAGCCAAAGAAGUGUUAAUGCACAUGAAUUGAUUUAUAAACAUGAUGACUCAGACACUGUUUUUGACUCUUUUAAUCUGACACUGCAUUUAAGAAUUCAAGAUAAGAAUGUACAAGGGGGGUAUGAUGACGAAAAUACUUUUGGACUGGUUCUCAAUGUUACUGUACAGCCUGUCAAUGAUGAACCAUUUAGACUGGUAACAACUAAUCCCAGUCUACAGAUUAUACAAGGUUUUACAGCAGUUAUAAACCAGUCUGUUCUCAAUACUGUUGAUAAGGACACAGCACCAGCUUAUAUCAUGUACGAAAUUAUACGAGAAGCUGACAAUGGGCAUGUAGCUUUUAUAGAAGACGAAAAUAAACAAAUUGAAAAUUUUACUCAACAGGAUAUAAAUAAUAAUCGUGUUGUAUUUAAACACAAGUAUUACAAAGAUUCCGGAGCUUUUCAGUUCAGCGUGUCCGAUGGCUCACAUAAGCGAUUUUAUAAAUCAUUUGAAAUUGUUGUCACAAAAUUAUUUGUAAAUAUAACAAGAAAUGAAACAGUUGAAAUCUUACAGUCCGACUCAACAGUUUAUAUUACACAAGAAAAUUUAAAUAUCACCACAAAUGGAUUAAUUGAAAAUGUGUAUUAUGUACUUCAUGGUCAGCCAUAUUAUGGAAAAAUAUAUGUGAAUAGUAAAAAUGUGGAUUACUUUAGUCAGAAAGAUAUUAAUGACAAUAGAGUUGUGUACAAGCAAAUGGAUUUAACAGCGAGUUCCGACUACAUUUCUCUAUCUAAGAUAACGUAUCAGUAUCGCUCGGGUACUCUAGGAUUGGACUUGCAUAAAUAUAUUGGAAAAAUUCACAUAAAAGUGAAACCUUUAGUUGUUACAGGACCUUUGUUGUCCUCGCGAAGUGAGAAGGUUGCCUUGACGUCACUGAAUUUGGAUGCGGCAAAACUUGCGGAGAGAACUGGUGAUAAUCCUAAAUAUAGUAUAAAGAAUGGACCUUACUUUGGUAAAAUUUUGAAGAAAAAGACAUUUUCAAAACGACAAAUUUACCAUGAAAAAUUCAGAGAUACUUCUGGAUUUAACGCUGUAAACGAGUUUAGUCAUGAAGAUGUUGUUUACAUGAAAGUUUACUAUGAGAGUGAUAUUAAUAGCGUGCAUGACACUAGGCAGGACAAUUUUACAUACACACUGACUGCAUUUAAUGUUCAACCAGCAGAAGGUGUGUUUUACAUUGACCUUGAACCUUCUGGAAACACUCCAGUAAUACCUGUGUCAGAAACUUCCAAAAAUGAACAAGUCACUGCAAAACCAGUGACACAGUCUAUUGAUUCUCAAAAGGGAGUUGACUCUCCCAUUAAUGAAGGAUCUGUUGAGCCUAGUCGAUUAAAACAAAAUCAUGUUAUCAUUUUAGCAGUGUCCAUUCCAUUAUUGUUAAUCAUUAUCAUCACUCUAAUUAUUGUUUAUUUAGUAUGGAGAGGGCGGAGAAAAAGAGACUAUGCUCCAUCAACUAAAAAAUCUCCAAGGUUACGGCCUCAUAUCAGUGGUCCGUAUCAAAUAGAACAGCCACAUAUUCAGAUAAAACCACAAGAACAAGACAGUGGAGUAUCGGACGAUAGUCACUCUGUAGUUGAAUAUGAAAAUACGCAUAACAUUCCCGGUGUAAGCCAUGCUGCUUCUGAGGAGGCAGACGUCAUAACCCCGAUGCUUUCACAUGACCCAUUACGUGAAAUGUCACAUGACUUGAGUAUUCCGCGUUCACCAGAUAUAACACGAACUGAGAUUAGUAGCACUGUUCCGACGUGUAAAGUUACUCCGCUAAUAGACAAUGAAGUGGAGGGAGCAGUGGGCGGCAUAGACGAGGAAGGUCGACAGUCAAUAAGUAGUAUGGGUGAUAUGAUAGAAUGGAUCACAAAUGAUCCGGAACUUUUACAACAUUGCAGCUCUACAAGCCCACCAGUUUUACGUAAAAGCCAGUACUGGGUAUAAUAAUAGUGAUAUUAAGUAUAAAAAUAAAGUUUUCAGGGCUCGUAUCUAUCAAGGAUUUAAGUCUGAAAUAUAGAUUUAAACUUCAAAAUGCUGGAAAUGCAUUUUAAAAGAACUUAUGGCAGUAUGUAUUUUUGCAAAUAUAAGGUUUAAGUUUUGAUUUUAAGACUUGGAAACUGAUGGGUUUGGGCCAUGACUUUCCAGGAUAUAGUAUCCAAAACAUUUAAAAGAUUUUAACAUACAUCUGAUUUAAAGGGUUUCAUUUUGUACUAAUAAAUCAUCAUUUUUGACCAUACUUUCUUAACCUUUUCAUGAUUUUAACGCUACUGUGUGAGAAGUAUUUUAGCUGUCUUUUUGGAUCUGGUUAGGUGAUGUUGAAGAUGCCAUACAAUGGAAAGUGUUUAGCAGAUAUACCUUCAAUGUUAGUGAUGCCUUAAGCAAUGUUACAUUUAAUUGUUAGUGAAUGUUAAAGCAGUACUUUUUUUUUUUGUUCAUCUUAUUUUUUGCUGCUUGAACACAGUAUUGAAAGAAUGAACAUAUUUCAUAAAUUUUAAGAUAUAAUGUUAGUGAUACAGUUUCCAGUUAAUGUAUAUAUAUUAAUUAAGGUGGCAUAUGACACUUUCUGAAAUUUUAUUCACGGAAUUCUUCAGUGGUUUGUGUAUUUUUGUGUCUGUGCACAAAUUAUCUUGAGUCUGAGCAAACAAAGUUUGACUGUAUAUCUAAACAGUCACAAAUGUUUAAUUAAGGUGAUAAAAUUUCAUAAGGUGUUUUAUGCCACCUUAAGAACAUUGUGUUAAAGAGUUUCAGUAAUGAUUCAGAAGCUUGUUUUAAACAUAGCACAAAUAUUUUCUGUUUAAGAUUUCUUUUACAAGUGAAGAAUUUAUUGUUUUUAUAGGAACUUAAAUAAUGUUAGUGAUUUAUUUAACUGUCAGUCAGCAUUUUCUGACUUUAAACUGAUGUUAAAGUUGUGGCCAGAAAAAUACUCAUUUUAUAAUAUUACUUACGCUGUGCAUUUUAUAUGAGCUUUUAUUUUAAUGUCUUAUGUUAUGCCGGAUAUACUUUAUGUACAUUUUAAGCUCACCUGUCACAAAGUGACAAGGUGAGCUUUUGUGACCGUGCGGUGUCCGUCGUCCGUCGUCCGUCCGUGCGUCCGUAAACUUUUGCUUGUGACCACUCUAGAGGUCACAUUUUUCAUGGGAUCUUUAUGAAAGUUGGUCAGAAUGUUCAUCUUGAUGAUAUCUAGGUCAAGUUCGAAACUGGGUCACGUGCCUUCAAAAACUAGGUCAGUAGGUCUAAAAAUAGAAAAACCUUGUGACCCCUCUAGAGGCCAUAUAUUUCACAAGAUCUUCAUGAAAAUUGGUCAGAAUGUUCACCUUGAUGAUAUCUAGGUCAAGUUCGCAACUGGGUCACAUGCCCUCAAAAACUAGGUCAGUAGGUCUAAAAAUAGAAAAACCUUGUGACCUCUCUAGAGGCCAUAUAUUUCACAAGAUCUUCAUGAAAAUUGGUCAGAACGUUCACCUUGAUGAUAUCUAGGUCAAGUUUGAAACCGGGUCAUGUGCCUUGAAAAACUAGGUCAGUAGGUCAAAUAAUAGAAAAACCUUGUGACCUCUCUAAAGGCCACAUUUUUCAUGGGAUCUGUAUGAAAGUUGGUCUGAAUGUUCAUCUUGAUGAUAUCUAGGUCAAGUUCGAAACUGGGUCACGUGCGGUCAAAAACUAGGUCAGUAGGUCUAAAAAUAGAAAAACCUUGUGACCUCUCUAGGGGCCAUAUAUUUCAUGAGAUCUUCAUGAAAAUUGGUCAGAAUGUUCACCUUGAUGAUAUCUAGGUCAAGUUCGAAACUGGGUCACGUGCCUUGAAAAACUAGGUCAGUAGGUCAAAUAAUAGAAAAACCUUGUGACCUCUCUAUAGGCCAUAUUUUUCAUGGGAUCUGUAUGAAAGUUGGUUUGAAUGUUCAUCUUGAUGAUAUCUAGGUCAGUUUUGAAAGUGGGUCACGUGCCAUCAAAAACUAGGUCAGUAGGUCAAAUAAUAGAAAAAACCUUGUGACCUCUCUUAAGGCCAUAUUUUUCAUGGGAUCUGUAUGAAAGUUGGUCUGAAUGUUCAUCUUGAUGAUAUCUAGGUCAAGUUCGAAACAGGGUCAUGUGCGGUCAAAAACUAGGUCAGUAGGUCUAAAAAUAGAAAAACCUUGUGACCUCUCUAGAGGCCAUACUUGUGAAUGGAUCUUCAUAAAAAUUGGUCAGAAUGUUCAACUUGAUGAUAUCUAGGUCAAGUUUGAAACUGGGUCACAUGCCUUAAAAAACUAGUCCAGUAGGUCAAAUAAUAAAAAAACCUUGUGACCUCUCUAGAGGCCAUACUUUUCAUGGGAUCUGUAUGAAAGUUGGUCUGAAUGUUCAUCUUGAUGAUAUCUAGGUCAAGUUUGAAACUGGGUCAGCUGCGGUCAAAAACUAGGUCAGAUGGUCUAAAAUUAUUAAAAUCUUUUGACCUCUCUAGAGGCCAUAUUUUUCAAUGGAUCUUCAUGAAAAUUGAUCUGAAUGUUCACCUUGAUGAUGUCUAGGUCAGUUUCGAAACUGGGUCACAUGCGAUCAAAAACUAGGCCAGUAGGUAUAAAAAUAGAAAAACCUUGUGACCUCUCUAGAGGCCAUAUUUUUCAUGAGAUCUUCAUGAAAAUUAGUGAGAAUGUUCACCUUGAUGAUAUCUAGGUAAAAUUCAAAACAGGGUCACGUACCUUCGAAAACUAGGUCAAUUAUAGGUCAAAUAAUAGAAAAACCUUGUGACCUCUCUAGAGACCAUAUUUUUCAAUGGAUCUUCUUGAAAAUUGGUCAGAAUUUUUAUCUGGAUAAUAUCUAGGUCAAGUUCAAAACUGGGUCACAUGAGCUCAAAAACUAGGUCACUAUGUCAAAUAAUAGAAAAAACGACGUCAUACUCAAAACUGGGUCAUGUGGGAAGAGGUGAGCGAUUCAGGACCAUCAUGGUCCUCUUGUUUUUAUAUGAAUUGUGACAGAAAGUUAGGUCAGUGAGCACAUGAAAUAAUAAAAGUAAGUGGUUAAUAAUAAAGUCAGUGAAAUCGUAACAAAAUUAAUGAAAUGAUAACAAUAGAAUUUAUCUGCACAUGCACCAAUUACAAAAGUACUGAAAUAGAAAUAGGGCAAGGCAGAGCCUGAACAAACAACAAAAUUUCUGAAAUAAAAACAGUAGAUGUCAUCACCUGAAACAGAAUGGACAAAAUGUAAAACAUGCACCUGAAAAUAGAAUUUUAAUUAAUGAAAUAAUAACAGAUGAUAUAACAAGUCCCUUACCUGAAAAACUAAUAGAAAAUAUAAACAGUAGAAUAUACAUGUGCCUGAGACAUUAUGAGAGUUAUUUUGAAAAUAACAUCAGAAGUACCAUAGCACCUGAACCUGAAAUAAUAACAGUACAAGUCACCAAUUUUAACAAAAAUUAAAAACAGCACCAUUUGUGUGUACUUGAAACUAUAAGAUUAUGACAUAAUAAAGUAAGUUUGUACCUUCGGUCACUUUCUUAGCAUCCACAUUUUAUUAAUUUCUGAGAGAAAAAAAAAUUGCCUGAAAAGUUUGAACAAGUCACUUUUAUUUCUAUUCCAUCAAAAUUUUUAUGAUACUAUAGUUCGUAGAUGUAAAUUUGCUCAUGGUUAGUUCACUUUCUGUUGAAACCUUAGAAAAGAAACUGACAUUGUGAAAAAUUUAAACGAUUUGACGGCAUUUUUAGCUCACCUGUCACAAAGUGACAAGGUGAGCUUUUGUGAUCGCGCGGUGUCCGUCGUCCGUGCGUCCGUCCGUCCGUCCGUAAACUUUUGCUUGUGACCACUCUAGAGGUCACAUUUUUCAUGGGAUCUUUAUGAAAGUUGGUCAGAAUGUUCAUCUUGAUGAUAUCUAGGUCAAGUUCGAAACUGGGUCACGUGCCGUCAAAAACUAGGUCAGUAGGUCUAAAAAUAGAAAAAACCUUGUGACCUCUCUAGAGGCCAUAAUUUUCAAUGGAUCUUCAUGAAAAUUGGUCAGAAUGUUCAUCUUGAUGAUAUCUAGGUCAAGUUCGAAACUGGGUCACGUGCGGUCAAAAACUAGGUCAGUAGGUCUAAAAAUAGAAAAACCUUGUGACCUCUCUAGAGGCCAUAUAUUUCACAAGAUCUUCAUGAAAGUUGGUCAGAACGUUCACCUUGAUGAUAUCUAGGUCAAAUUCGAAACUGGGUCACGUGCCUUCAAAAACUAGGUCAGUAGGUCAAAUAAUAGAAAAACCUUGUGACCUCUCUAAAGGCCAUAUUUUUCAUGGGAUCUGUAUGAAAGUUGGUCUGAAUGUUCAUCUUGAUGAUUUCUAGGUCAAGUUCGAAACUGGGUCACGUGCCAUCAAAAACUAGGUCAGUAGGUCUAAAAAUAGAAAAACCUUGUGACCUUACUAGAGGCCAUAUAUUUCACAAGAUCUUCAUGAAAAUUGGUCAGAACAUUCACCUUGAUGAUAUCUAGGUCAAGUUCGAAACUGGGUCACGUGCCAUCAAAAACUAGGUCAGUAGGUCAAAUAAUAGAAAAACCUUGUGACCUCUCUAAAGGCCAUAUUUUUCAUGGGAUCUGUGUGAAAGUUGGUCUGAAUGGUCAUCUUGAUGAUAUCUAGGUCAAGUUCGAAACUGGGUCACGUGCGGUCAAAAACUAGGUCAGUAGGUCUAAAAAUAGAAAAACCUUGUGACCUCUCUAGAGGGCAUAUAUUUCAUGAAAUCUUCAUGAAAAUUUGUCAGAAUGUUCACCUUGAUGAUAUCUAAGUCAAGUUCGAAAGUGGGUCACGUGCCAUCAAAAACUAGGUCAGUAGGUCAAAUAAUAGAGAAACCUUGUGACCUAACUAGAGGCCAUAUUUUCCAUGGGAUCUGUAUGAAAGUUGGUCUGAAUGUUCAUCUUGUUGAUAUCUAGGUCAAAUUUGAAAGUGGGUCAUGUGCCGUCAAAAACUAGGUCAGUAGGUCAAAUAAUAGAAAAACCUUGUGACCUCUCUAAAGGCCAUAUUUUUCAAUGGAUCUUCAUGAAAGUUGGUCUGAAUGUUCAUCUUGAUGAUAUCUAGGUCAAAUUCGAAACAGGGUCAUGUGCGGUCAAAAACUAGGUCAGUAGGUCUAAAAAUAGAAAAACCUUGUGACCUCUCUAGAGGCCAUACUUGUGAAUGGAUAUUCAUAAAAAUUGGUCAGAAUGUUCACCUUGAUGAUAUCUAACUCAAGUUCGAAAGUGGGUCACGUGCCUUCAAAAAGUAGGUCAGUAGGUCAAAUAAUGAAAAAACGUUGUGACCUCUCUAAAGGCCAUAUUUUUCAUGGGAUCUGUAUGAAAGUUGGUCUGAAUGUUUAUCUUGAUGAUAUCUAAGUCAAGUUUGAAACUGGGUCAACUGCGAUCAAAAACUAGGUCAGUAGGUCUUGAAAUAGAAAAACCUUGUGACCUCUCUAGAGGCCAUACCCUUGAAUGGAUCUUAAUGAAAAUUGGUCAGAAUGUUCACCUUGAUGAUAUCUAGGUCAAGUUUGAAACUGGGUCACGUGCCUUAAACAACUAGGUCAAUAGGUCAAAUAAUAGAAAAACGUUGUGACCUCUCUAGAGACCAUAUUUUUCAAUGGAUCUUCAUGAAAAUUGGUCAGAAUUUUUAUCUUUAUAAUAUCUAGGUCAAGUUCAAAACUGGGUCACAUGAGCUCAAAAACUAGGUCAGUAUGUCAAAUAUUAGAAAAAACGACGUCUUACUCAAAACUGGAUCAUGUGGGAAGAGGUGAGCGAUUCAGGACCAUCAUGGUCCUCUUGUUUUAGAUAGAUAUUUUGCAGUAAUUAUUGAUACAUUUAAAGGUUAUGAACUUUUCUUAUUGUUACUAUAUUAUUGAAGUAGGGGAAUAAAAAAUAAAGACAAACACUCAGCAGAAGCCCUCCAUUCUUAGUUACUUCAAAGUAAGUAAAGAAAUGUGUUCUUUUGAAAUGGGUUUUUUAUUCAGGCAUUUUAUAGUAAAUGAAUCUUCCGCAAUUUAAAUAGUUUACUUUUUUUCAAUGCAAAUGGAAAAAAACUUCUUGAUUUUCUCAUGAAUGUGUUUGUUAAAUUGGUGUGAUUUAAAGCUGUAUUUACAUAAAUCUGCUAUUUCUUUACAUUUAUUUACAUAAAUCAGAGGCUCAUGAUAUUUUUGGCAUGAACUUUGUUCUGGUGUAUUUUAAGACAUUGAUUUUUUGUGUGGAAGAUCUUUAAGUCAAUAUCUUUAACAUGUUUAGCACUGACCCUUCAGAAGUUAAAAUGUCAUACUUUAGUUGGGGAUUGGCAGAUUGAUGUAUUUUGUCUUAAAUUGCUGCAGUUUUAUGGGAUGUGAAUAAUUCUGCUUUAAGAUAUAUUACACUCUUCCUAUUGUUGACUUUUAUUGCAAGACAGCAGAAUGGUAGAAUACAUUUUACUGAAAUAAAUUUUUAGUGCAUUGUGGAGGUAUCCAAGUGUUUAUUGUAUGAUUAAAAUUGUAAGCAAUUUCUAAAGUGUUGAAAGAAUACUUGAAAUAAAAGGUUUUAUCUACCAUAUUUAUUCGCCUGUAAGAUGAUCCUUCUAUAAAUUACUUCAAAAUCUGCAGUAUUUUGCACUCUUUUAUAAAUUUUAGUGCAUUGUGAAAGUAUCCAAGGGUUUAUUGUAGGAUUAAAAUUGUAAGCACUUUUUGAAGUGUUGAUAGAAUACUUAAAAUAAAAGGUUUUAUCUACCGUAUUUAUUUGCCUAGAAGAUGAUCCUUCUAUGAAUUACUUCAAAAUCUCCAGUCAGUAUUUUGCACUCUUUUAUAAACACUUUCUGUCAUGAUAUUGACUCACUUAUUAGAUGAAGUAACGCAUUAGAAGACACUUGGUCUUACAGGCAAGUAAAUACGGUAACUGGACAGGAUUUAAUGUUUUAAAUUUGAAUUUAAAAGUUGACAGAUAAAAGAGAAUUUAUUCAUUAAAGAUUUCUUAUUUAUGAUGCAUGUGUAAAGUUCUUGCAUUAAUAAGGAACAGUUUUAAUGUUACGGAUAUCAUUUUUUGGGGCAAUUUAACCUGUUUAUGUAUGUUAUUUCGGUCGACAAAAAAGAAUACACUUAUAUUCUGUAUUCAAGAUUGAAGAUUGAUGUAAGUAGCUAUCUAAUAGGAUAAUCCCUUUCUGUCAUCGACCCAAACUUUUCCCCCAAAACUUGUAAAUAUCUAAAAAUGUGUAGUGCUGGCCCAUACUUAGAAACAAACUUAAGUACGAGGGUUGAUCCAGAAGUAACGUCACUUCGUCCAUUGCGCCUUAUACAUUGUUGUAUUAUAAUAUAAAUUAAACUAUUUCAGUUAUGAUUACAUGAAUAAAAUAUUAUAUUCCUGGGUUGUUUCAUUUCGAAUAUAUAGAACUUCAAAGUCCACCCUUGAUAACAUUUCGCCGCACGCAAAAAUAGCUUUUCUUUCAUAAACAGUAAAAACAACAAAAAGAAUACACCAGUUGACAUCAAAACAACUUACCUACUCAUAUGAAAUUAUAUAAUGAUGUGUAGUUGCAUCUUUUAGUAGUCGAUUGUGAAAUCUUUAGUGACAUCCUUGCUGGUUUAAGCUCGUUACGGAGUGGUAAGGCUUGAUACUGCUCUUUGAGAAUCAUAUCAAUUUCUGACGUCGGCAGUGACGUGUGGCGAUCUUCGUUACCAUACCUUCUGUGCAUGUCGAUUUCUUGAUAUAUAAGCAUCUAUUUUUAUGAUAUUUUCCAAAACUAUUGCACAAAGAUUCAGGUACUUGGGAAGAAUUUUUUUUUAUACACAUUUUUAUGGCUCCAGUGACAUUACUUUUGGAUCAAACCCUUGUAGAAGAGAUUUUUUUGGCCGCACAAAAUUUCUGACUGUAUUUCGAGACAGCAGUUUUGCUGUUUCCAGAUAAAGGAAGAAUGUAACUGGGUAGUCGACAGACAACAAAACCAGGGUUGUGAUAGGGAAUCUCUACUCAUGCAACAGAAAUCGUCUUUUGGAUGUGACGUUAAAUUGAGGUCCAUUGUAGGGUAUUUUACAUCUUGCAUUACUGAGAAGAAAAAAAUCUAGUAACAGCUAUAGGUGUCUAUUGGGAGUACUCCUAGAGGAGUUUUUUCUAUGGGUAAAUGCUUGAACCUAUAAAAACAACAAAGAUACACACACAUCCUUGUAAAAUGUUGAACUUUUUGUCCCUUGAUAGUUUUGUACUGAAAUCCGCACUUCUGUCUCUUUCUUAAGUAAACAUUAAUGUCUUAUUGCUAUGCAACUUAAGUGGUUUAAUGUAGUUGAAAGUGACUAUGAAAAGGAUCAACAUGCAUGAAGAUUGUAUUACAUGUUAAAUUAAUUUCAGUAUCUUCUUCUAAUUUCAUCUAGUGUGAAAUCAUUUAAUUUCAUGGGUAGGAAGUUUGUAUUUUUUUUAUUUUUUUUUUUUUUCAGUAAGUGGCUUUUUCAUAGGGAUAUGACAUUGUGGAUUUUAUCUUUUUCAAGAAAAAAAUUCAACAGGAAUUUUAUUUACUGCGAUUUUAUUUCACAAACCUUCACAACCAUUAAAUCCACAAAAAUUAAUCCCCAAUGAAUAUUAACGAUUUUACAGUAUAUUCAAAUGAAUUUUAUGCAUCGUAAUAAAUUUAUUGCUUUUCAUUUUAGUUUUCAUUCAUCCCAAAGAAAAUUCAUUGAACAAUUUACAUUCUAUCUUUUCAGUUUGAAAUUGAAUGAAAACCUGCAAACAAUUCAGCUACUUGAAAUUAAAAAUCAAUUUGCUGCCAAAUUCUGUUUAUUGUAUUGUUUUAAUUUGCCAAUAAAGUUUUCUGAAUGAAUACAACUUCAUUAAGAGAAAUGACUUGAGCUUUUGCACCUAGGAAUAUCUUUUCAAGUGUUCUGUAAUUGAAGUAAUUCUGCAGUACUUGAAAAUAAUUGAUCUGAGCGGAAACUUCUGCCAUAAUGUAGUGUCUACUCAAAGACUUGUAUAAUCUGCAUAAAUAUUUACAAUUUCUAGUCAUUAAGAAAACAAAAAACACUUAAAAGGGAAGGAAAAGCUUAUUUUAUUUGCAGACUUUCUUGUUUAUAAUUAACUUUUCUGUAUUGUUUGACUGUACAAAUUUAUUUUUCUCUGUGUUUUGCUAUAUUAUGUAUGAUUUAAGUAACAUUGUAUAUACUGUCAUAAGAGUCCUAUGGACAUCUAUCAUUCCUAUAUGUAAUUAUAUUGUAUAUAUGGACUUAUUUAGACUUUCUGUUACUUGAUGUAGGCAUUGAAGAUCAUUUUUCUACCUCUCCCUUAUCUUCUCUAAUUUAUUUGAACCAAAAUACAAAUGUCGAAAUGUAUACCAAACUUAGUCAUAAUGUUAAAAUAUAUAUUUAGACAAAGGGUUGAGAUAAAUACUUCGAAAAAGUUGAAUUUGGUUGGCAUAAAAUUUCGUGAUUUUGAUCAAAAGGGUUGUUUCGUGGAAAAGUGAGUUUGUGAGAGGAAUAUUAAUCAGAAUUUGUUUAAUUUCAUUUGAAGUAUAAAAAAAAACACCACAAAAAUGAGUCCCCCACCCCCCAUUAUUAAUGAUUUUACAGAACUGCUGUCCAGCAGAAGAUACUGUAAAUUCAGUUAUAUUCAUGAGGGACUAUUUUUGUAGACAUUGUGGUUGGGCCAAUCAACAAAAUUAAGUCCCAUUGAACUACUGAAAUUGCCAUAUACCCUGCAUGUUUUUAACAUGAAAUGCAAAAAUUCUGUCUCCGCUAAAUAGCUGUUUUUGCCAAAAACACAAAAUAUUAUGCCAACAGAAUGAAGUUAUUUCUCUUAAAGUGUAUGAAAAUUGCAGGGGAUAUUUAUUCAAUGUAGACAAUCUUAUUAUUACUUUAAUAAUGUCCUUUUUUAUUUUCUUUUAUUAUGAUUUGAAGUCAGUUCCAUCUUUUACGUAAUACUGUAAUAGUACUUGGUCUUGCAAAAUCAAAAUGUACUCAAGUCAUUUUAACCUGGUAUUGUUGCUGUCGAGUCAUUUUCUGCCAUGAGUUAAAGUAACUAAAGAUCACUUUUGUUUAAAGAGCAUGUCACCAGAUUUCAUCAAAAUAACAUAUUUUAUCCCACUUUGCUCAUUUCAUUUAUUUUACAAGAAUAUUUUGCAAAAACAAGAAAACCGAUUUUAUGACUUUGUUGUUGUUUUUUAUUUAACAAAGGGAAUUUGAACAUGUUACUUUUAAUAUAAUCAAAGACAAUAACAAAGAUAAACUAUUUCUGUUGUAAUCAUAUUUGGAGGUGUAAAAUGUGAUUAAGGUUUUGUGUUACGAUUUGUUAUUAGAUUUAUUUAACAUUUUACAUAGAAAAUUCACGCAAAAUUCCCCAGAAAAUUUUCUAACAAAUUCUUAACUCUAUAAUGAGAUUUAUUUAAUCAGAGCUUAGUUGCCAUGGCAGAAUAUUGUCUAUGUAGCUUAAACGUGAAUCUCGUUAAAGGCUUUUCAAAAGUGCAGCUGAUAUUUUAACUGUAACAUAUUGCGUAAGGAAAAUAUUUUCUUGUAACCCUUCUAUUGAUAUCCAUAAUUUGAUUAACAUUAUAUAUAUAGUAUGAUUACUUCUCAGUACAGCCUUGUUAGCCUAUAGUGCCGCCUCUGAGUGUGUGAGGUCCCUGGCUACAUCAUACCAAAGACAUAGAAAAUAUAACCAGUGACUGGACUGCUUAGCACUCAGCACAAAAUAGGGAAACUGGCGUCUUCUUUUCUGUUUUGUUUGGUAUGGGCUAAAACACGAUUUUUCGGCUGCGUUUCAGUGUCUUUAAACCUGUUUAUUACACUCAGCAGUGAAAGAAUGUGGUAGUCAGCAGAUUGUUUAUGCAACUAAGUGAAACAGGUCUUAGGUCCAAUGAAAACCUUUUGGAAAUAACCAGAAACUUUAAAAUUAAUUAUUUUGGGAUCAUUCAGUGUUUUUAUGCCCCUGAAGGUGGGCAUAUUAAAAUCGCACUGUCCGUCCGUGUGUGCAUCCGUGUAAAUUCUUGUCCGGGCUGUAACUCUGUCAUCCAUAAAGAGAUUUUGAAAUAACUUGGCAUAAAUGUUCACCAUAAUGAGACGACAUGUCAUGCGCAAGACCCCUAGCUCCAAGGUCAAAGUCACACUUAUAGGUCAAUGGUUAAAACAGGGUGUGUUUUGUGUCUGGUCCAUAACUCUGCCAUCCAUAAGGGAUUUUGAAAUAACUUGGCAUAAAUCUUCAUCAUAAUGAGAUGAUGUGUCAUGCGCAAGACUCAGACCCCUAGCUCCGAGGUCAAGGUCAAACUUAAACGUCAAAGGUUAACAGGGUCUGUUUUUCGUGUCCGGUCCAUAAUUCUGUCAUCCAUGAAGGGAUUUUAAAAUAACUUUGCAUAAAUAUUUACCAUAAUGAGUUGAUAAGUCAUGCGCAAGACCCAGACCCCUAACUCCAAAGUCAAGGUCAGACUUAGAAGUCAAAAGUUAACAGGGUCUGUUUUAGGUCUGGUUCAUAACUGCCAUUCAUCAAGUGAUUUUGAAAUUACUUGGCCUAAAUGUUCCCCAUAAUGAGAUGUGUAUUGCGCAAGAUCCAGACCCCUAGCUCUAAGGUCAAGGUCACACUUAGUGGUUAAAGUUUAACAUGGUCUGUUUCUGGUCUGGUCCAUAACUCUGCCAUUGAUGAAGGGAUUUUAAAAUUACAUGGCAUAAAUGCUUGUGGGGGGAGGGGGUGUCAUUUGUCACUGAUAGUGACAGCUCUUAUUACUUGCAUGCAAAUAUCCAAAAUAUUAAAAUGACUGAUAUGCAAAUAAGUGGAACUGACUGUAUUUCUUAUUAUGGGUGUCAGUUAAUGCAAAUGGUGUUCUUAGACUCUGUGACAUUACCAAGUUAUCCUCGGCAAGUGAAAGACAACUUCCCCCACAUUAAUCACUAUAAGUGGAAGACAAAUUAUUUCUUGUCUAACACUACAGAGGAAUUCUACUCAUCCUUGAGAGCAAACUAGCAACUGCUCAUUUUAUAGAUGCAUGCUUUGCCUUCCGAGCUUUACUGAUGGGCUUUAAGAUUUUUGACCACAAUUGAAGGUAGUGGACCCCUAAUGACACUCGACACAUUCCAUUCGAUUACAAAUUCUGGUUAGGUGAGCCAACAUUCUUCAAAGUUAAAUAUAGCUCAAUGCUUAAAAUACAAAGUAAGCAGAAAUUGCAUACAAAGUUUUUGCUGAUUGUCAAUAUUGGUCCACAACCUGAAACAAAUAAUUGCUUCAUGUAAGCUUGUUGUUAUUUUAAUGUGCCUGUUGAAAAGAAGUCAAACUGUGUAAUGUGACUCUUUGAUGUUUUUAGCCCUUGGUGACGAGACUGUUGUAUUAGCUUAAUUAUAUACAGUAAAAUCAUAAAUGCUAAUUUAGCAGUUUUUACUUUUCGCUAGAAUUAUUCUUCAUGAAAAUUCUAUUUUAAUUAUUUCUAAGGGAACUCUCAAGAUUAAAACUUGUUUCUAAUUUUGAUGAAAUAUUUUGUCAUGUACAUUUAUCUGAAAAUACAGUAUUGUCGUAGUUGUUUUGUUUUGGGAAAGAUUGGAUCAAGGGGGACCUGAGACAGGUGCUGUGAGUUGCUCUUACGGCUUUAAGUAUUAAUGAAUAUAUACUUAACAGCAUGGAAAAAUGCAAAGUUUAUAUAAAAUUGAAAAUUGAUGGCAUGUAAAAGAGAAAUAAUUCCAAAUUAUUUACCAUCAAAGAUUAAAUGAAAUCCAUUGUUUGAUAAUUUGAAAUGUUCAUAUUUCUGAACGAGAAUUUUAUGUACCAUUAUGAACAGUAAAAUGGUUAGGCAAUAAAGCAUUUCUAAACAACUUACGGUAGGGUACAUUUUUUUCUAAACAACUUGCAUUUUUAAUGAUGUUAAGUGUACUGUAUUCUGUGCUAGCACUCUAUAUCCGAAAAGUGCAUUUGUUUUCUGUACAGCUAGUAUCUUACUGUGCCUGAGGUAACGUUUUUGUCUUGGGCCUAAAAUUUUAUUUGUAAUAUUGGUCACUAUUCAUAAUUGUAAUUUGUUAUUAUCAUUAUUUAUGCAUUUUUGCAUUGAUAAAUAAAUAUAUACAUGAACAUGA